UUCACAUGUAUGUGUGAUGAGCGUUUGGUUGACCGAAUGCCGUCGAACCCGAGUUUCGGCUUUGAUUAUUUCCGGCCAAGUGACAGUAUUUACCGGGUUGAACCAAAUGAUUGACACAUUAUGGAAUGCAAUAAGAUGGCGUUUUCCGGCAAGGGGGAACAUUUUUCUUGACGCUGAUUCGACUGUGACUUCGAAGACAUGAGCUGGAACCUGUGAUCAGUGUGGAAGGAGCUGUCAACGACAACAUCAUUAGCAAGCCUCCCAAAAAGGAAUCUUGUCUGUUUGGCCGGAACACACGUGUACACAUGCACAUGUAUGUGCAUUGCAUUUUCUCUGGCGUCUGAAGCUGAGAACGGAAUAUGCAGUUCUCCAGUUGCAGGAAAGGACACACGUUGAGCAAGACAGUGCUGUUGGAUGGAGCCUGCUAAUCUGUCAAUAUUAAUUGCUCAUUAACUUAUCAAUGCUGCCACAAUUAAAAAGAUCCCUGUUCCCUUGAAUCAAGAGCACCUGUAACGAGCGGAAACUAUGCAGUGUUAUGCCAGCGCACAGACGUUUCAAUUAUAAGCUUGUUAGGACUUGUUACCAAGCAGACUCGGCUAUGUGUCGGUUCACAGGGCAUCUUGUCCUGUAACCUGCCACGAUCACUCUGAGCGACCAAGUGCAAGUUGUAUGUCGUCAGUUUGCAUGAGUGGGUGACAAGAUGUCAGCCUACGUGGACCAGCAUUACAUUAAAUGCCUGCAGAGGUUGCCCAACGAGCGAAUGCCUCAGGAUCUGGAUUACAUUAUUUCCUUCCUACAUACCUUGGAAGCCUUAAGGUGUCUCCGUGAGCCAGCCUUGCGAGAAAUCGCCAAAAAUGUCCAGUACAUCAAGCGGGAGGCCAACGACAUCUUAUACUGUCGAGAUGAUCGUAGUUCUUGUUGGUACAUCCUCCUGUCGGGCUCUGUCUUCAUCGACCAGGCCAUGUUCCUCCCACGGAGCAGCUUUGGCAAGCGGACGUUGGGCAGUGGGCGAAGGGGUGCUGACUGUCUCAUCUUGGAGGCCUCCGAAUUACUUGUGAUUGACUACCCGGACGCCCACUUGAUGAAGCCCGGCCAACGUCAGUCCUACACCCCAACCAACCUGGAGCGCCUCAUGGCUUUGGAACAGGAAGAGGUCCAGGUACCUGCCCCACGAGGGCGCUCAUACAGCGAGGACCGCUCAGCGUCCUUCAGCAGCGAAGGCAAUACGACUUCAUUACCAUCGAUCAGGCUGGAGCGGACACAGUCACUGGACAGUGAAAAGAAGCAUUCCAAGAGAGCCAUGGAGGACAUCCCAACCCUCCUGAGUGAUAUAGAUGAUACGGCCCCCCUGGGGCAUCAUCUUCCUCAAGUCAUGGCCUCUUCGGCCAGCUACAGCGACCGCAGCUCUCUCCACAGCAGCAUGUCUAGCAGCUUCUCAGAUCUCUACCAAGCCGGCAGCAAUGAGAAUCCAGACCUUGAUCUGACGGGAUUGGUGGAGAGUACUGUGGACUCGGAUGACGAGGAUACCGUCAGUGAAUCAGCCUCGACACUUGUCGUUAGAGAUUUUGUCCGAGAUUGCUUGGAGAAGGAUCCCAUGGACAGAACAGAAGACGACAUAGAAAUCUUGUUGGAUUUUAUGCGUCACCUACCGGCGUUUGCCAAUAUGACGAUGUCAGUACGUCGGGCGUUGUGCGCUGUCAUGGUCUUUGCUGUGGUGGCCAAGGCGGGGACCAUCGUCAUGAAGAACGAGGAAGAGCUGGAUUCCUGGUCUGUCAUUCUGAAUGGCCACGUUGAAGUGACCAAACCCGAUGGCACGGUGGAACAGCUUCAUCUUGGAGACAGCUUUGGCGUGAAGCCAACCUUGGAAACACAGUUCCAUGUGGGCGUCAUGAGGACCACCAUAGAUGAUUGUCAGUUUGUUUGUAUUGCGCAAGAUCAUUACUACAGAAUACUAACACAAGGUGAGGAGAAUAUACGUCGCAUUGAAGAGAAUGGACAAGUGGUAAUGAUCACAGAACACAGGGUACUAGACGACAGACGGCAGGGUCAUAUAUUAAUUAAGGCCACACCUGAGAGGUUGAUCUUGAAUCUUAUGGAGGACAGCUCUCCCGUCGAUCCGACCUACGUGGAAGACUUUCUCAUGAGUUAUCGCACCUACCUCCCCAGCCCACAUCAAGUAUGUGACAGCCUUCUGCAUUGGUUCCAAGACGUUAACCUACGAGACAAGGUGACCCGCGUGCUGCUUCUGUGGGUCAACAACUACUACAGUGACUUUGAGAGGUCGCCGGACAUGAUCGAGUUUCUGGAGGCAUUUGAGGACUGCUUAGAGAAAGAGACCAUGACUGGCCAGCUAAGAUUACUUCAUAUAGCUGGGGCUGCUAAGGCCAAGCCUAGGACAGUUGUGCUGGCUCGGUCGGACCGUGACUCCAUGCUAUCUUUCUCCAUCGUUGGAGGCUGGGAGAAGAAGAUGGGCAUCUUCAUCUCCAAGGUGGAGCGUGGCUCCAAGGCGCAGACGGUGGGACUGAGGAAGGGGGACCAGCUCCUGGAGGUCAACGGUCACAGCUUUGAGAAAGUCACUCGCACCAAAGCCCUGGAGAUACUCAAGGGAACGACUCAUCUUAGUAUUACCGUCAAGUAUAACACGCUAGCAUUUCGGGACCUGAUCGCAUCCCAGGACGGCGGCCGUAGCAACUGGGGCCGGCUGCCCAGCCAGGAGAUCCAGCUCCUCCAGACAGACCCACGGGCCAGGCUGACCAUCCCUGACCUAGCCCUAGCCGUACCCUUAUCUCAGAUGUCUCCCGAGAUCAAGACCAAGAGUAAGCAUGAGAAGAGAAGCGGGUUUGCCACACUAGGCCACAAGACCAAGCUGCGUAAGGCUAUGGCUAAGCUCAGCAUUCUACCCAACAAGACCACAGCGAGGACCCAAGAUGACUCCUCGACCCUCAUGAGGCAUUCCAAGUCAGGCAGCAUCACCGGCAGCAACCCUUACCUGAGCAACAGUAACCCCGACCUGACCUCCAUUGCCGCCAUCCCCAUGUACGAAUCCUCUGCCUACAUGGCUGGCAACGACUACCCCGAGCACGUCCUUAAGAUCUACAGGGCUGACCAGUCCUGCAAGUACUUCCUGGUACACAAGGAGACGACGGCGUUAGAAGUGGUGAUGCUAGCCAUGCGGGAAUACGGCCUGACUGAAGCAGCCAACUCGGGCACUUACUCCCUCUGUGAGGUGACCGUUGCCCCAGGUGGGAUGGUCAAGCAGCGCCGGCUGCCAGACCAUCAGAGUGACGUGGCCGGUCGGCUGAGUCUAUGUGGUCGGCUCUUCCUCAGGAACAACAUGGCCUCGGAGACGCUCAUGCCGGACGAAGUGGCCGUGGAGUUACUGAAGGAUAGUCAAGUCACCUUCCUCCAAUUGGAUUCCAACGAAGUCGCGGCUCAGCUGACGCUGAGAGACUACGAGAUAUUCCAAAAGAUUGAAGCUACAGACUACAUAGAGAAUCUCUUUGAACUCAAACCUGAGGACUCCAACAAGAGGUUACAGUCAUUCGAGGAGAUUGUGAACAAUGAAUUAUUCUGGGUGGUGACAGAAGUCUGUAACGAGAUCACCUUGGUCAAGAGAGCUAAAAUUAUCAAGCAGUUCAUCAAAAUUGCAAGGCACUGCAAAGACUGCAAGAACUUCAACUCUCUCUUUGCCAUCGUCAGCGGCCUCGGUCACGGCUGCGUCUCCCGCCUCCGCAGCACCUGGGACAAAGUCCCCGCCAAGUACGUCAAGAUGUUUGAGGACCUACAGGACCUGAUGGACCCAUCUAGGAACAUGUCCAAGUACCGGAAUCUGGUCAGCUCCGAGCAGGUCCAACCCCCACUGAUUCCAUUUUUCCCCGUGGUCAAGAAGGACCUGACCUUCAUACACCUGGGCAACGACACCAAGGUGGACGCUCUGAUCAACUUUGAGAAGCUCAGGAUGAUAUCGCGGGAGGUCCGCUACAUCGUCAGCAUGGCCAACGCUGUCUACGACCCCAGGCAACUAUUGGCUCCCAAGAUGACCGGCUCGGGCUCGCCGCUGAUUGGAUCCAGCCUGGCCUCGGUCAUGGGCGCCAGCGUCACCACGUUGCCACGGAAACGCAACCAGGGGCGCCGCAGCUCGGCGGUCAUCAACCCAAAGAAGAUGUGGGAGGAGGCCCAGAUGUGCCGGCGAGUCAAACAGUACCUGAGCGUUCUGAACAUUGUACAAAAUGAAGAUGAACUCAGAGACAUGUCACUCAAGUGUGAACCCAUCGCCAACUCAGCCAUUCAAAGGAUUACUGGUGGGGGUUCUAUGAACUCGGGACAGACCAGGCGGAGUUCCCAGACCAGUCAGAGUUCAUUGACCUCCACUCUUGCCCCGCCCCCCACAACGUACAACAAGCAGGAAGAGGAGAUUAAGAAGAUUAUCUACAAAGAUGCACCCAAGACGUCCUUUGGAGCCACGUCACCCAAAAACCUGCGCAAGUUGUUAUCCCUGUCGGAGGAGGGGGAGUCCCGAAUUAGCACCAUGAAAGUCCAGAAGUCGUCCCAGCCGCGAGGCCCCCCGUCCACCAGUCACUGCAAAGUAGGGCCAGCCUCCCCGACGUUGAACACCAACACCCGGACGAGAAGGGCAGCUGUCACCAGCCGAGGGUCCUCUGUCAGUACGUCGUCUGCCGAGGGGAACGAAGGCCGUAAACUGAGCCCGCAACGUAGUGACAGUGGCUAUGGGGGUAGCGAAGCAGGCUCUACUACAAUGCAAGAGCACAAACCCAAACACAGACAGACAACAGGGCAACAGCCUGGCAUGACUGGACCUUACGACAGUUCAGAUUCUAGCCAGAGUUGUCUGUCGUCUAAUUAUGAUACUCAGAGCAACUCGUCGUUCGGUUCGUCAUCACCGCCAACAAGAGAUCAUCAGUUCCACAACGAUUUGCCAGGAGCUCCCACAAUGCCUCUCAACAACCAGGUGAAGCCUGGUCGUAGGUGGGUUAGCCAGGAAGAGCGAUGUACCUACCCAGACAGGCCACGCCAACCUCCAGAAUACCAUGCAGCUACCAAAGGUACACCGCCGAAAAGAACAGGGAGGUCUUAUUCCCAACCACCCUCUGCUGCCCCUGACAUGACACAAAGGCAGCCACCAGACUAUGCUGUUGCCACAGCCAGGAAACGGGAACUGUCCAGUUCCAAGACAGAAGCGUGCGACUUCUACGACUCGGAUAACGAGCAGGUGUCUGUCGUAUGACUAGGCAAGGAAGAUACUUCCUGAUACUGUAUAUUUGGGGACUAUUUACAAAGGACGAAGUUCAGCCCUGUGUCGUCUUAGACUCGCUCCACAACUUUUCCUUUUUGGUCCAAGCACACAUGGGUGAGGAAUUUGAAAAGCUGUGAUGCGGAUUGUCCAGGUCCUUUGGAACUCUGAUGCUGAAGCAUGGAAAUCCAUGGUGAGGAAGUCAGGGAACUGGACUCUUGUGGACGAGUCAUCAGAGAAAUUGUGUGUGAAACAGUCAGAUGCCAAGAAGGUCCGUUGCCACAAGAUGGAAUCUGUGCUGAGGGAGUCAGGGAACAGGACUCACAAUGAUGAAUGGAUUCCUUGCAGCAUGUAAACACACUGAAGAAUCCUAGCUUAAGUAGUCGGGGAACAUGACACAUGAUUGAUGACUGAUGGUUGAUCACUUGCAGGCACUGUGGGCGUGGUGAUGUGGACCACAAGAUGAAUUGUGUGUGACGUUAAACGAAUGGCAGGAUUUUGUGUUUGUUUAUUGAAUGGGCUAACUGGUAUCACGUUCAGCGAUUACCUCCUUAAACUCUCAUAAAAGUAUUUCAAGUUCGCAUUCGUGCAUAGGCAUAAAAAAUUCAAUCACAUUGCACCAGGCAGAAAAUUGUCUUUAAUACGCACAUGAGGACAACCUACUGUUGGCCCCUUCCUGCACAAUAAGAGAAAUGAUGGAAAGACUGAGAACCAGUCUAGUUUACCAAAAAUACCAAACCCCUACCCGUAAAUGGUAGAGCCCACUAUUCAUGAAAGGGGUUGGUAAAACAAAAAAAGUUGCAUCGUGCAGGUCCGGCUGUAUUUCACGUUGUGUCCACGGGUUGAAGAGGCAGCCCCAAAAUAUGUAUUAAGCUUCUGGUCAUGUUGCAAUUUUGAUGUUUAAUGUCAUGUUUGAGCCCAUCAACAAAUUUUUAACUUCUUGGCAAGAAUGUUCUAGAGCAGGGCCAACAUUGCAUUGCAAACAGUUUAGAAGAAAGUGUGAAAUAAAAAACUUUGCAAAAUUCCACAGGAAAAUACGCCUAACCUGUGUGUAAGCAGCACUUAAGCUGAUAUGUAAUUGUGCUGAUGUUACCGUCCUGAGGUAAGCUUCGUGCGAAGGAAAUCCAUACUGCAAGGCUAAUUGCUCCCCAAAAUGGCGAAAGUAAUCCUUGCACUAGAAUGGAGAAAAGAUUGAACCACCGAGAGUGGCUUAUCCUGCCACAAGGGCACUCCCACUAAAACUCCUCUGUUUAUUCUGUGAGGUCUUGAGCCAUCUACAAAUGUUGAAAAUUUGGCUGCGACUGUUGUAAACUCGUUCAAGCAAAACAGGAAUUUCUGAAAAAAAGGAAGGAUAUAGAUUUGACAGAGAUUUUGUACCUCCUGAAGGCUUUUUGGCAAAAAUACAAAUGAUAUAAAAGAAAAAAAUCGGCAUUUUGUUUAACACUUCCUUUGGUGUUGCUGAGAAAGAAAUUCAAUAAGUCUAUGAUAAUCAGGGAUGGCUUUCAUACUCAUCCUACCCCAUCGCCUACAGAGGAAGUUGGUACCAAAUAUCCUACCCCAUUGCCUACAGAGGAAGUUGGUACCAAAUAUUUAAGAGCUCAGAUUGGCUGGUUUCUGAGACUUUCACGUAUGAGAAUGGCUCUUACAGUGUUAACAUUUCAGUCCUUUGAAAAUUCCAUAAUUUCCUUAGAAUUUGAAAGAUUUGGUUGUUUUUCCUUCCAACAGUAUUUACAGCACUCUGUAAUCCUCUUCCCAUCAGAAACUAACAAUUGUUAACUAAUCGUUAUGAACCAUUAGAAUCCAAAAUGCUCUUGCCAAUUAACUAUCAUGCCAAGAAAUAAAACAAAUUAUCUUGGCACCGUCCAAGUAUCUGAACUUUACAUCUCUUUGAAGUAAAACUGAAGCAUUCCAUGCCAAUAAAAGGAGAAGGAAGAGAUGACAGAGAAACGGAACUAAAGUUGUAUUCAGAGUUGUAGAAUAUCCUCAAAAAAGUUUGAAUGUGUAAUCAAGGGGAAAUAGUGUGCAGUUGUUUUCUAAGUUAUUAAACAAUGUAUUCUGGUGGUGAAAAAAAAAACGGUUGGCAGCUCAUUUUUUAUUACGUAAAUGUUGAUUGAAAAUAAUCCUGGAGAAAGAUAUUCACAGAAUGUUUAAACUAAUUCAAAUCACAAAAAUACCAUUUCACUUUCUACUAAAGCCAAACCUCGACCAUUUAUUUUAACUAUGAAUACGUGUUUUACAAAGUUUUAAUCCAAGCAAGCAUUGUGUAAUAUAAUUUUUAAAAUGUAGUGAGGUUUUCUCAAUUUUCCAGGGAAGUUUUGUUUUAUAGGGAGUAACUUUGCUAAAUAGGGAGCACAGAUCACAAGUCUUAACCAGUUUAAUCAUCAUAUAAAUAUGUGCUUCACCAGUCAUAAACGGGCAUUAAGUACUAAGACUAAUUAAACUCCUUUCGUGAAUGUGCUCUAAAUAUGUGCUUCACCGGUCAUAAAUGGAGGUUUACUACUAAGACCGACUAAGGAGACUGGACGUGAGUGUGCCUAAGCCGCAGAUGAGGGCAAUUUCAGUGUUCAGUCUCCUGAGCUGGUCUUAAACGUUAAUUUAUGACUGGCCAAGCACAUUCAUUCCCAUUCGUAAAUACUUUUCGAGUCAGAGAGUCAAAAUAAGUCAGUUAUGAUGAAUUUUCAACGAUUUUGUUCCAGAAUUUUACUCUCAUUUUCCCUAACACCCCCAUGCAUUUUGUGGUAUAUUCCUUGGGCAAGGUAUCCAAUACUAUAGAAUCCAAUCAGAAUUGAUGAAAGUCUCUCGUGUCCAGGUGCUAGUGCCUGAUUAACGCAACGGCAUUAUCACUUCUCAGCAGACUUUAUCAAAUGUUAAUACGCACUCAAGUUGCAUGUUGUUGAAUAGCAGACUGAGGUAUCUUAAUUUUGCUUCCAACUUCGACAAAAAGAUAACAUUAACACCAAGUCUCAAGCAUGCAACUUUUCCUUGAAUAAACCCAUUUCCUUGGUUUUUCUUUGUACUUCCGGGUAUGUCAUCACAAAUUGAAAAGAGCUGUCCAAAGUUUUGUCCAGUGUGGAAUUUCGGCAUUGUUCCUGAUGUACAUUUACUUCCACGUUUCUCUUCAGUAAUAAGAGUUCCUGCAAGGCUUGACUGUUGACUCCUCUGGCAUUGUGCCCAUAUAUACUUCAAAUGUCCUUGAAAAAAAUACCUGUUUUGGUACUUCAACCAGCUUUUUUUGCAGAGUUGCAUGAUAAGCAACAAGACUGUGGAAAUUCCACACUUGAACUCGACUGUCUGAUGAGAAUACAGCAAUGGCUCGAAGUUACAGAUAACAAAAGCGGAAAUUUGUUCUAAAACCUAUCGAGAAGUUUGUCAGUUUUUAUGUUAUUAAAAGCCCCAAAUGAGAGGAUUUGUGUUGAAAAUUUAGGAUUUAUACCAUGCCGUCACCCAUUGGGUCUGUAGUUUUGCUUGUGGAAAAGACUUGUUUCCACAGUCGUUGGUAACCGAAAUGGAACUAAAUUCCUUGGAGUAUUUUAAGGAGAGAAGCAAUUUUUUUUUUUUUAGACUUUUGGUGAAAGAGUUGGUUAAAAAGAUCGUAAAAAAGGCCAACAAAAAUAGAUGAAAAAAACAAAGCGAGGUCAUUUGUAAUAUUUCAUUGUCUCACUUUUGAGAAAGUUUUCCCAUUCCAGGAAACAUGUCAGUAAUGUGCGCAUUUGUGUAUUACCAUUAUUUGUAAAUAUGUAUAUAGGUUUUUUAUAGCAUCAUACUCUGCUGUACAGUAGGCUAAAUGCUCAAGUGUUUUUUGUAUGGUAUUAUUGCCCAAGACAAGAUGAAAAGCUUGCUUGCUAGUUACAGACAAAAAUGGAAGGCUUUUUGUGUGAAGCUAUAUUUUCUUGACGCUAUAGUUCUUUUGCUGUUGUGUAAAGUCUUCAACAUUUAUGUAUAUGAAUAUUUACCGUGUUGUUGGCUGGGAUGUAGAUAUUUGAAAGCCUUAGGCGCGUACAUAGUAUCUCUGGUGUUUGUACAAUUACCCGUGCUGCUUGUGCAUUAGGUAGAAAUUUCCGCCAUGUAACCGUAAAAUGAAUCUAUAAUCACACCUGUUCAGUAUGUAAAUUCAGCAAACGGUGGAGUGCAGAUUCGCAGGCCAUAAUUUUGAAGACUAUUUUAUUGUGAUAUAUCGGUUAUUUGUUUUUACCAACUGUGCUGCAUGUGGCUUUUGGAAUGCAAACCUUUCUCCCAAGCUAGACUAUUUUGCUUUGCUUCAUUGUUGUGUGUUUGUUUCAGUUUUUAAAUUUAUUUUUUAUUUGUACUUAUUUUAAUCAUGUUUUUGUUAUUGUUUGUGAUUUAACUUUCCCAGUUCUCCGAGCCGAAAAUACAAAACUCGAGUGAUUGAGGCCUGUUUUGGUAAGACAGCAAGGGAGAGCGUAAUAUAGUAAACCAAUCUGGCCAGUUAUAUUUAUGGCCCCUUUCUGGCGUAAAAAUCUCAAUGUAUUCUGUUACAUGCCUGGUUUAUUUGGAGAGAUUUACUUGUAAAACAAACGUUUCGUAUAAAAUACACACGCAUCAGACCAUAAAGUCGACUUGGUUCUCUGAGUUAAUUUGAAAAGUCUGAGACUUAGAACGUGGAGCGAAUUUUGGUCUGAAUAGUCAGGUAUUGCCGAUGUUGAUUCAGACAGUAUUGUAAUAAUUCGUGGAACUUGACCAAGAUGUCUGCGGCAUGAAAGGUCUCAUUACUGACAAUAGUGUUGUAUUCCAAAAACUUGUUGUUGAGAAUAUUAAAAAUUAAAUAGCCUUGAAACAAAGGGA